CUCUCAUUUUGUCCUUAGUUCGGCAAUCAGCAAGCACUGGGAGGCGGAACUUGCUACGCUGAAGGGCAACAAUGCCAAGCUGACAGCAGCUCUCCUUGAGUCCACUGCCAAUGUGAAACAAUGGAAACAACAGCUUGCUGCGUAUCAAGAGGAAGCAGAACGUCUACACAAACGGGUGACUGAGCUGGAGUGUGUGAGUAGUCAAGCAAAUGCAGUCCAAACUCAUAAAACAGAAUUAAAUCAGACAAUACAAGAAUUAGAAGCAACAUUGAAGAAAAAGGAAGAGGAAAUCGAAAAGUUGAGAGAAGAAAUUGAUAAUGCCAGAGAGCUUCAGGCACAAAGGGACUCUUUAACUCAGAAGUUACAAGAAGUGGAAGUUCGAAAUAAAGAUCUAGAAGGCCAACUAUCUGAUCUUGAACAGCGUUUGGAGAAAAGUCAGAAUGAACAAGAAGUUUUUCGCAAUAACUUGAAAACACUUUUAGAAAUUCUUGAUGGCAAAAUUUUUGAACUGACAGAACUUCGAGAUAAUCUGGCCAAGUUAAUAGAAUGCAGCUAAAGAACAUGGGAUCUCAGUGCCAAACUUCUUAAAGAUGCACUGUCUCUCUUCAUACAGGACUUUGUUGGGAUCUGCAUCAAAGUUGCACAAAAUUAGAAAAAUGCUCCUUCAGAAGGGCCUGUUUUAAAUUUUCAACAAUAUAUAGUAUUUCAGUGUAAAAUUUCAGAAUUCAGCUUGUAGCUAGUUGAAAAAAAAUAACUUGAAGUACAAAUUACCUCCAUGUAUAUAAUUGGCCAUAGAUAACUCGAGGGUAUUAACAGUAAUUGAAUGCAAUCCUUUUCUAAUUAUUAGCCAGUGAAAUAAUAAGUGCCCCAAAUGACAUCCCUCUUAGUGUUCCACACAAUGUAGGUGAUCAGUUUUAUUUUCUUUGUUGAUUAAGGCACCUGUAUGCUGUGUUUUGUGCAAGAACUUUGUGAUGACAGCCCUCUCUUUUGUUGUAAUCUGAAUAAUUUCUCAGGAUAUUUUGUACUGUUGAGAAACAGUGCACUACCAAUUAAUUCUUGCCAGGAGUGAGAGAGAGUUGCAUCUUUAAUUCAGACCUAAUGAAUUAUUGCUUGUAUAGAGUUCUUCCCUUUUUUAUACUGGAAGAUACUGUCUUUAUUUACAAUGUUCACUCUGGUGUUCUAUAAUAUUGUCUAGUGUAUGGUUUACUUUUUUCCUAUUGGGAGUUCAUGUAUGUAGAAAUUCUGUAUUUCAUUUUGUUAUGCAUUUUGAAGCCUAUCUAUGAAGACAAGCAAGUCCCUGAAAGGUAUUUUAAAAUUUGCUAUGUUCUAAUAAGGUUCAGUCCAUGCUUACUGAAUAUCACAUGGACUUAACUUUUCUUAUCAAAAUGUGUUUUAGUAAUUUAUUUAGCAAGAAUCCUCAAACUGUGGAAAUAUAGUGAUUGCUAGGGCAUUGACCUUGCUCAGGCAAUUGAAGGGAAAAAAAGCAUUGUAUUAGCAUAGAGAAUAAAAGUGGAUUUUUUUUUUCCUGCUGAAUCUUCAUGAAACACCUUUAUUAAGAAAACGUGCCAGGCAAUGUUCUGAACUUCAAAACGAGAACUGAAUUCAGUUAUCCUCAAUGAACCUCUUUUUAAGUUGUACUGAUGUAAUUUACAAAGAUUUUUGCCAAAUAUGUAUUUCUUUAUAUAUAUAUUUUUUAUUUUAAAGAAAAAAAAGGAAAGUAAGUCAAGGGUCACAGCUCUGUUUCCUGAAUGGGAAUGAGCCAGUCUUGCUGUACAUUGUCUAAUAUUGGAAAAGAUUUUAAAAAUCUAACAAAAAAGAAUCAAACAACAAUGCACUGACCUUUUUAUUUACACCAAGUUAAUUUGGAUGUUAAAUAUAAAAUCCAGCUUAAAUAUAAACUCUGUAUAUUUUUUUUCCACUUAAGGACUGCUAUUCAAAACUAGAUAAUAUAAAUCGGGUUUUUAUGUGUGUACUGUAUGUAUAUACUGUAUAAUACAAGCAUUCUAAUUUGUAUUUAAAAUGGGAUAAAUAUUUGGCUUAAUUUAUAAAAUGCCAUUUUCUUUAUCUGUAAUUUAACAGGUGUCUCCUGAAAUAUCAGGAUUACUCUUAAUUAAACACUAAAUUAUGAUGUAUUAUACUAUAUGUACUGUACACAUCAUUUGUUUUGUCCAUGUUUUAGAGUAUUUUAUCAUUUAUUUUAUUUAUUAUUGGGAAAAUAUUUGUUCAUUGCAUUCAUAGGUAAAAGCUUUCUAUGGUGAUUUUUUAAAAACCUAUUAGCUAAGUGUUGAUGAUGUGUAACCUUAUUGGUCAGGACAAUAGUGAUUACCUGAUUUUAAUUUACCUGAAGAAGUUUGCACCUCAUUCUCUUGCUAGAUGAGUGUCACUCAGAAACAUCUUCAGCAAAGUAUAAAAUUGGUGUAAUUCUGAGAGGAAUGAAGUAUGUUCUUGCUGGGUGUUCCUAAUUAUAACAAGUUAGAGCAGAAAUUUGUUGGCAAAAAAUGUAACAUUAUUUUUAAUGAGAUCAAAAUUUUUAAUACAAGGACAUUUACAUGUGGGAAAACAGUUUACAAAGUAUUUCCAUUUCAAUGCUGUGUAUAUGUGUUGUACAAGAAAACUUAUUUGUAUAUGUACACACACAUAUGUAUAUACAGUACAUAAAAAAUUUAAAUGUGCACAUUUAAAAUAUUUUCCUAUUGAAAUUAAAAUUACUGAUUGGAAACCAAUAUUUGGGAAUUUCUUUUCUCAUGUAUAUUUAGAUGCUUGACUUUGGGUUCUUUUGUUUGUAAAAAUAAAAUCUUAAGAGGGCUGCACCACUGAAUUCCCAAAAAGUCAUCUAACAUGUAUAUGGGAUAAGGUAAAUAUAAGUGCACAUAUAAAUUAUAUUAAAAAAUCUUUUAAUGUUCAUUUACAUUAGAUGGGUAUUAGAAAUUAUAUGCUAACAAUUACACUCAGAUGUUCUUAAUUAAAUGGGUCUCCUGCACUAGCAUAUAUGCCAGAAAAUACUUUUGGUUGUCAUAGACUAAGAAAAGCAAACAAGAAUUUACAUAGAAGAACAAUCACAUUGUGUAUAACUUGUUAUAUGACAAUUAUGGAGUCUUGUUAAAAAUUCUUUUAAAACCCAACAAAAUACAAUUUUUAUUUUGAAAUACAAUUGCUGUUCUGGAGAAUGUACUUUAUUCAUUUUUCUUUCUUGAACUCUUUUUAAGAAUUACAAUCUGUUCACUGGAUGGCAGCAUUUACCUUAAUUCUUCAGGUGCUACUGGAUUUUGA